GCUCCACCAGUGAGGAUACAAGCAUCCGGACGUCGUAGUUCCACCUGCAGAGUCGACAAGAAGAGGAAGACUAUUUACUGUGAAUCGUUUUUUAUGUCGUAAUGAAAUUUGUAGUUUACUUCACUCUCCUCACCUCCGCAGUUCAUGCAGGUGUGCUGCGCAAAAAACAAGGUUGCCCUCAGGUCUGCGAUGCCUCUCAGUGCCCCGUCCCAGCGCAGGCCUGCUACUACGAGCAGCUGAAGGACAGAUGCGGCUGCUGCGUCGUGUGCGCGGCCGGGGAGGGUGAGGCCUGUGGCCGGGUCCCCUGCGGUGAUGGGCUGCGGUGCGACUCUGUGCGGAAGGCGCACGGUGGGCUCCACAACACCUGUGUCUGCGCCUCCUCUGGCCCGGUGUGCGGCAGCGACGGCAGGACUUACCCCAGCAUCUGCCGCCUGAGAGCCGAGAACAGGAGAGCCGAGCUGGGUGAGAUCCCCCCGGUCAUCUUCAUCCAGAGGGGCUGGUGUGAUUCAGGAACACAGCAUCCAGGAAGUUUGCGCUUCAAGUACAACUUCAUUGCAGACGUGGUGGAUAAAAUUGUCCCAGCUGUCGUUCAUUUGGAACUUUUCCAAAGGCUGCUAUUUUCCAAUGAGGAGCUCUCUGUGUCGAGUGGCUCUGGGUUUAUAGUGUCAGAGGAUGGCUGGAUCAUCACCAACGCUCACGUGCUCACCAACAAACAGCGGAUAAAAGUGGAGCUGAAAAGUGGUUCGCAGUACGAUGCUACAGUCAUGGACGUGGAUCAGAAAAUGGAUGUGGCGCUCAUCAAAAUCGAACCAGAUAUUCCCCUGCCUGUUCUUCGUCUCGGCCAGUCAUCAGACUUGCGCCCUGGUGAGUUUGUGGUGGCAGUGGGAAGUCCUUUCUCCCUGCAGAACACUGUCACCACCGGGAUUAUCAGCACAGUCCAGCGCAAUGGCCUGGAGUUGGGCUUCGAAAACUCCGACAUGGACUACAUCCAAACUGACGCCAUCAUUAAUUACGGCAACUCUGGUGGACCACUUGUCAACUUGGAUGGCGAUGUAAUAGGCAUAAAUACUCUGAAAGUGGCAGCUGGAAUCUCUUUUGCUAUCCCUGCAGACAGAAUACGGCAGUUCCUGGCUGAUUCCUACAACAGAAAAGCUAACGGAAUAAAAGCAACAAAAAAGAAAUACAUAGGUGUACGGAUGCUGCAGCUCACACCAUUUUUGAUCCAAGAUCUCAAGGAGCGUAUGGCUGAAUUUCCAGAUGUGAAUUCAGGGGUUUACGUUUAUGAGGUAAUACCUGGAACAGCUGCAUCCAGUGCGGGCAUGAUUGAGCAUGACAUCAUCGUCGCCAUCAACAGACAGUCCAUCCACACCGUGCAGGAAGUUGGCGAAGCAGUCCAGAGUGGUAUCCCACUGUCAGUGGUGGUGAAACGAAAGGAUAAGGAUGUAUCGCUAACUAUCAUUCCUGAAGAAAGUGACAAAUAUCACUGACUUUAACUGGCAAUAAUUAAAGAAAAAUGUACAAGUA